UGGUGCUGAAACGUCCUGAUGUCGAAACGUCUUGGUGCCGAUAUUGUACAAUAUGGCUGGUAAAGUGGUUUAAGUGUUUUGUAAACAUUGGGCGAACGACUGUUUUAUGUUCAAGUACUUGUCUUUUCAUGUAUGCUUGCAUACAUUCCCAAUAGCAUUUACUCUGUUUAUGAGGAUAAUUCAAGAUUUUCUCCAACACUGGAAGUUUUUCGUGGGAGCAUGAACUCGCAUCCUAAUGCGCCCCAUUGGAGGAAACUCUAUCUGAGCAGAGCUAAGUUAAAAGCCUCCAGCAACACUUCCGCUUUAUUAUCAGGAUUUGCUAUGGUGGCGCUUGUGGAGAUUGGGAUUGAAAGUGAUGUACCAACAGGGCUUGUCAUAGCUUUCAGUGUGUGCACUACUUUACUUGUCUCUGUGCAUUUGCUAGCGUUAAUGGCUAGUACUUGUAUUUUACCCCACAUUGAAGCUGUUAGCAAUGUCCACAAUGUCAACUCGGUCAAAGAAUCUCCACAUGAAAAGAUGCAGCUCUUCAUACAGAUGGCCUGGGCUUUCUCUACGGGACUUGGAAUCAUGUUAUUCUUAGCCGAACUGGUGUUAAUAUGUUGGAUGAAAUUUAACACUGAUAAAGUCGGACACAACGUAGCUGCAGCGUGGGCAUCUACAGGCAUUGUUAUUCCCGUCGGUGUCGUUUUCUUGCUCUUUGCUUUUCACUUUUAUAAAAAACUUAUUGCACAUAAAUUUGACAAUCAUGAGAGAGAUCUAGCUGCCCUGGACAGAAUGGCAGAGGAGAUUGACAUGAACCAUACCAUAAUGGAUGUUUAGACUUCAGUGCGAGUCUGAAAAUUAAAUAUGGUGCUAAAAUGUGUGUGCAUUUACUUUAAAUUUAUCUUUGUAAUGAGCAGUUUUUAUGUCUGGACACUUCAUUACCGAUGCUCAGCCCAGGAGCAGUUUUUUGAGUCACAUUAGACAUUCAGCCAGGUGUCCUCAGGGUUAUACACACGGGACCCUAUCAAAUAAUUUUUUUAAAUGAUAAAAUAACAAGAAAGUAUAACACACCUGCAGGUUUUUAAUUCAGUACAUAUUGAAUUCAACACACAUUUAGAGGUCAUACUGAAUUGCAAACAAUAUCAUUUGAUAUUUCAGAUUAAGAUUCAUUGUACACCAACACAUUUUUUCCAAAGGAGAUCUAGUGCAAUGUAUUGGAAAUACAUAUUUUAGAUGUUUAUUCUAUAUUAUUUAUUUAUAAACUAACAGGAAUAUCA